AUGCGGCAUUCGCGCCUGCUACUCAUUGGCCUGCUGGUCGGGGGCUCCAUUCUGCUCAACCUCGUAUUCAUUUGGCGCAGCAUGCACAGCGGAACCGUAGACCCCAGGCUUACUGCCGUGCAUUUACCUCACCCACGACAGGCUCCCGAGAACCCCGCUGCGGUGCGUCCUGAUGAGCGCCUGCCACGUGAAGAGCGCCAGCCCUACCGACCAGUCCCCGCCCCCGCCCCGCCACCCCUGCCAGCGAAAGAUGCGCAACUCGAUAAAGGUGAAAAUUCUCCCCACGGCGACGACGACCUGAUACGCGAUGCGCCUCUUGAAGCACAACCCAAAGCCGGCUCAGACCUCUUGCCCCUUCCUUCAACGACCCCGACGAGCCGGCCAGCGCGAGCCCAGUCAACACCGGCGCAAACCCACCGCAGCGCUGCAGCCCAACGAGCAGUCCUGCCCACGCAACGCCAGGAUACUCUGGCCAACCUUCGCACCGACCGGGAUCGGGGGCAUGCUCUCAUCGACCAACGUGAUGCCUUGGGCCGCUGUACUGGGCCAGCUCGGCGAGUCGUCUACGUCAAAACGCACAAGACUGGCAGCUCCACGCUCACCAAUAUAUUUCAUCGCUAUGCGGAAAAGCAUCACCUGCGCACGGUCUUGCCCAAAGGCAACACCUUCCUCGGAUGGCCUCGCAGUGCGGGCAUCCCCACCUCCUAUGUCGAGCUUCCCAACACCCGUGACGGCUACGACAUGUUUUGCAGCGCCCACACGCGCUAUCACCGCGAGUAUAUCUCACAGAUCGUGCCCGAUGCUCACUAUGUGACAAUUUUGCGCGAGCCUACCUCACACUUCAAAUCUUCCUGGCGCUAUUGGGAUGUUCCGGGGCACAUCAAGCGCGUCUCCAACCUUGAUGUCACAUGGCAAAAAUUUCUUGACGACCCAGACUACUGGUUCACCAAGGGCCUCAAGGGUGAUCGUGACCUGCUGCACAACAGCGUGGCCUUUGACUUUGGUUUUGCUCACAACUACAGUCAAGCCGACGCCGAUGACUUGCGUGCGCACUUGGCAACCUUUAGCUUGGUGCUCAUUACAGAGUACAUGGAUGAGUCCCUAGUCUUACUCAAACGCAAGCUCUGUUGGGACCUGGACGACGUGGUUUACUUUGCGCUCAAAGUUAGCCGACAUCGGCCACGCGAGCCCUUAGACCCACUAUUGCGACAAAAAAUCUUGGCCCUCAACUGGGUCGACGCGCAGCUCUACCAGCACUUUAACCACAGCUUGUGGCAACAAAUUGCGGCUGAGAAGGACUUUGAGGCCGAAGUUGCCGAGUUUCGCCGUCGCAAAGAUCUGCUGUCAGUGCAGUGCGCUGACACGGCCCCCCUCGACGAAGAGGCGCACCGCUACGCGCUCAUGGAGCAGAAGCUAACAGACCCCGAGCGACAAUGCCACCUGGCUCAGAUGGACUCGGUGGCCUUUGUGCGCUACCUGAAGCAUGCGUCCGGUGCCCCAGACCCCGAGUGCUGGAACCCGGGCAACUGGCGCAAGCGGCAGGUCGUCUACAUCAAGACCCACAAAACAGGCAGCUCAACGCUCACGAAUAUCUUCCAUCGCGUCGCCUACCGCAACAAGGCGCGGCCCGUCCUGCCGAUCAAUAAUCUUUAUCUCGGAUACCCGGACACGGCUACACUCAUGAGCUCAUACGUGAAGCUGCGCCCUUUCAAGGGCCGUGACGUCUAUGACAUGCUCGUGUCAGCCCAUGCCGUCUACAAUCGACCAAAGAUGGAGCUCUUGGUGCCCCAAGCCACCUACGUGACCAUCCUGCGCAACCCCGUGACCCACUUUAUGUCCUCUUGGAAGUACUGGCACAUUCAAGACCACAUCAUGCGUGAUCUACACGUAAACGUCACGAUGAGCCAAUUUCUUGCACAGCCUAUGGAUUAUCUCCCGCGCAUGAAUCUGUUGGAUCGGGCCUUGACUCACAACUCCAUGUCCUUUGAUCUGGGCAUCUCAUCCGAGCCCUCGCAAGAUCAAGUCUUCAAUUUGAUGCAAGACCUGCAACAGCGAUUUGGGCUUGUUCUGAUCACAGAGUACUUUGAUGAGAGUUUGGUGCUGAUGCGGCGCAUGCUGUGCUGGGAUCGACGCGACAUUGUCUACAUGUCACUCAAGGUGAGCAAGACGAGCAAGCGCGGCAGCUAUGCCGUGGACCCGAAGCUUCAAGAACAGAUCACCCAGCUUAAUUGGGCCGACGUGAAAUUGUAUGAUGCCAUGAACCGCUCGCUUUGGCGGCAUAUUGACCGCGCCAUUGGCUUUCAAGAGGAGCUCGAGUGGCUGCAAAAGGAAAAACUGAAGAUGUACGAUACCUGCAAGCAGUUUAUCGGCUGGGGCGACGACAAGCACCGCAAGGCUUUGUUGGAGACGGAGAUGGGCGAAGACGAGGAGGACUGCCAUCUCCUCAUGAUGGACUCACCGGGGUUUGUCAAGGUGUUAAAGGAGGUGUGGGGCCGCAAGGACCCCGAAUGUCACAACCAGGGCACCUCGAAGCACACCGUCGUCCACAUCCCGACGGGCAACUGGGCCGAUGACCUAUUUGCCAACUGCGUGCUGCGCCAUGCACUCCUGUCAGGCUUGGCUGUGGCCAUUCCAGCCGAGGGGCACGCGUUUGCUACUGCCAGUGAUGCCACCGCAGCCGCGGUGCGGGCGUCCAUGACACGGGUGAGCGAGGCGCGGUUUGUGGCUGUGGCCGGCUUUCCGCUCACAACCAAUACCAAGGCGUUGCGAGGGCUGUACGACGAAGCCUAUGUCUUUCCGGUCAUGGGGCACCCCGUGACCACGUUUGUCGCCACAUGGCAGCGCCUCCGCAUUCCAGAGCUGUUGCGCACGGCCACGGGGCAAUCCGUGGAUUUAAACGUAUUUCUGCGCAACGCUCCCGACCUGGUGGGCCGCCUCCCAGCUCCGGCGCGUGCUGAACUGAUAAAUCCUCUCAAUGCACAAUGGGCCGCCUAUGGGACGACUCCCACCAAGCGAGCAUGGGCCAUCAUGGGACAGGUGAAUAAAGUGUUGAUUGCAGAACAUUUGGACGAGUCGCUGGUUUUUUUCCGGCGCGCCGUGUGCUGGCCCAUGGAGGACGUCUUGUAUGCCGCAAUUCCGACUGCAGCCCGCGGUCUUGAAGGACCGAGCGGGCAAGGGUCCAGCACAACAUUGGGACUGACACAGGAGCAGGAGCAGGCCUUGUCUGCCUUGCUACAGGAUGAUCUACAACUGUACUCUGCGCUGAAUGAAAGCUUAUGGCGCGGCAUCAGUCGCGAGAUUUCCUUUGAUGCCGAGGUCAAAGCGCUCCGUGAGCUGCGCACGCGCACCAUCGAGGAAUGUGCACGGUUUGCGACUGCGCCCGCGGCAGUCGCCCCAGGAGAAGCAGCCACCACACAAAUAUUAGGCACUGACGAGGUGGCUGAGUUGCGGCGCAUCUUGCAAAAUCCCAAAACUUCCCUGCACGAAAGACGGUGCCGCUUGUUGGGCCUAUCGCCCGCCCAAAUGGCCCAAAUUGUUGGCAGUGCCGGCAUGCUCCGCCCUUCGUUCUGA